GCUAACCCUGUGACUGUAUCUCUCCCACGUUUAGAUCUUUAUCAGAUCUUUUGGGAUCUGGCAUAAAUAAAUAAAAAGUCCGGGGCCCGCAAAGAGAAAGAGAUAACUCUCUUUUUUUUUUAUCAUGUCACGAUCGCUUGUUAUUUUAUAUGGAUCCGAAACAGGGUGUGCUCAAGAUGUUGCAGAAACCUUGGGAAGACAAGCUCGUCAUCGUCAUUUCAAGACCAAAGUCAUGGCCAUGGAUGAUUACGACAAGAACUUGUUAAUUGAAGAAGAAUUCGUGAUUUUUGUUUGUUCUACCACAGGUCAAGGAUCUGAACCUGCCAACAUGAAGAAAUUCUGGAGAUUCUUGUUACGUAAGAAUUUACCGCAUGAUAUUCUGGCUGAUUUAAACUGUGCAGUGAUUGGAUUAGGCGAUUCCUCUUAUAAAAAAUUUAAUUUCCCAGCAAAAAAGUUAUACAAACGAUUACAACAAUUGGGUGCCACAUUACUCGUCGACAGAGGCGAUUGUGACGAUCAGCACUACAUGGGAUUAGACGGCGAAUUUAUCCCUUGGUCCAAAACUCUCUGGGACACCGUCAUGUUACGAUUCCCAACGGACAAACCCGCCAUUCCCGACGAUGUCUUGCUACCUCCCAGCUUUCAAUUGGAAUUUCUAUCCAAAGUGGAGUUACAACAGAGUACACCACCUGUCACUUUACCCGGUGAAUUCAACUUGAUCAUCAAAGAAAACAAGCGCAUCACGGCUUCCGAUCAUUUCCAGGACGUACGUCAUGUCUCACUCUCGUGUGAGGAGAACGAAGAAGGAUUCGGGUAUGAAGCGGGAGACAUUGCCGUCAUGAUGCCACAAAACCUAGUCCGCGACGUCAAUGUCUUUUUGGACGCCAUGGGUUGGUCCGAACACGCAGACGAAGCGAUCCAUAUCUCACCUACAAAUGAAGAUUUCACGUUACCACCGCAUUGGCCACCCACCAUGACUUUCCGUGAUCUCUUUGUCUACCAUCUAGACAUUUUUGGUGUACCCCGUCGUUCCUUCUUUGAAAUGCUCGCCUAUUUCACCACCGAUGAAAAUUUCACAGAGAAAUUACGUGAAUUUGCUUCCCCACAGGGACAAGAUGAUUUAUGGUCCUAUUGCAUGAAACCACGUCGUACCGUGUUUGAAAUCCUGUUUGAUUUUAAACCUUGGGUGAUCCCCUUUCACUACAUUCUGGACCUCUUCCCGCUCUUACAGCCACGCUCCUUCUCCAUCGCCUCCAGUCUCCAGGUCCAUCCGGCUACCAUGGAAUUAUGCGUCGCGAUUGUCAAAUAUAAAACUACGUUGCGAAGUAUUCGACGCGGUGUCUUUACCAAAUGGCUCAGCGGGUUGGAAAAGGGACAGGUCGUGCCACGCGUACGUAUCACCAAGGGAACCAUGACUCUACCCCCACCGCAGGUUCCCUUGAUCGCUAUCGGACCUGGUACAGGUGUAGCACCCAUGCGUAGUUUCAUCGAGGAAAGAAUAGCAGCAGGUGCAUAUGAUAACCUUUUGAUCUUUGGAUGUCGCUAUGCCGCCAAAGAUUACCAUUACAAGGAACAAUGGGAGGACUAUGUGGGAAAAGGACAACUCACCUUGUGGACAGCAUGUUCUCGCGACGAUCCUGAUAAAAAGGUCUAUGUACAGGACAAGAUUCGAGAGGGCGGUGAAGUGAUAUGGGAUUGGAUUGAUGGUGAAGGUGCUAAAGUGGUCUUAUCAGGCUCUUCGGAUAAAAUGCCAGAGGAUGUAGCCUUUGCCUUAAAAUCGGUCUUUAUGAAAUACGGGGACUUGGAUCCAGAGGAGGCUGAAACCUAUUUUAGUAACAUGAUCAAGACAGGACAGUAUCAAGAAGAAUGCUGGGCAUAAAAUAGAAUGACUUGAAAUCCGCUUUUUUUUUUUUUUUUUUUUCUGCAGUGAUUAUAAGAGUGAACACAGAUUAAAAAAAAAAUCAUGUUUUUUUUUAUUAUUGUU